CACGAACCCGCGUCCCCUGCAUCGGCAGGCGGACUCUCAACCACUGCGCCACCAGGGGAGCCCGAGACAUUCCCCAGCUUUGAGGCAACUCACCUUCUGCAUCCAGAGAGGAAACUGAGGCAGAGAGGGCCACCACCCUCCACCCCCCAGCAUCAGAAUGGGAGCCUUGGUCACGUGUACAGGACACUGAGGUCUGGGCCCCAAAUUAGAAAUGGCCUGGCCUGUAGUCCCAGGCCUUCCCCAGUCCCUGGCAGUGGUGGCUGCAGGAGUGACCCCGGCCUGGUUUGUGUUUCCGAAGCAAGUGAGACUGGCAGACUCCAUCGCAAGUAUCCCCAGCCCCAGCGGCUCGGCUGUGCCCUGGGGACAAGCCAGAGGUUAGAUGUGGGGGCAGUGAUUCGACCUGUGCUGUCUCCCAGCUUGGCCCUCUAGGGCUGUAGGAUGUCAUGAUGAGGUUUGCGGUGGGGUGGGGUGGGGAGGCAGCCCUGAAAUAGGAGACAGCCCCGAGGUGGUGGGAGGGAGUGACCUGGGCCCCGCCCUCUGGGCCUCCCAGGUUGGGCAGGGGUGAGAGACUCGCUCUAGGACGGGUUGAGACUGGAGGUGGGACUUGGAGCGCUGCAAGGCCCUAACGUUCUCUGGAUGGUAGGGGACAGUUCCUGUGCGGAGAGCUGGCUCAGGUCAGGGAAGUGGACUCUGGGGAGGGAGUGAGGCAAGAGUUCCGAUAAGUGUUAGGACUGUUUGUCUUCCUGGUUCUGAUUCCUGGUGCAGGGGAGGAAGGGCCUGCCCAGAACAAUGGCCGGAGCCAGGCUUGGCCGGCUCUGUAGGGAGGGGUUGGGGUGGCCAGGACAGUCCUACUUACUGUGCAGGGGCUGAGUCAGGCUGGCCGUGACCCUGUUCUGCCUCCGCUUUCUUCUCAGAUGCAGCCGUCUGUCCUGGGAGCCUGGACUGUGCCCUGAAGAGGCGGGCGCGGUGCCCCCCGGGUGCACGUGUCUGUGGGCCCUGCCUUCAGCCCUUCCAGGAGGACCCGCAGGGGCUGUGUGUGCCCAGGUUGCGCCAGCCCCAGGGUAUGGCUUCCUCCCUCCCCCAUCUGGUACAUUUGACCCCAGCCUUAGCUCUCAGGUCUCCUGCGCUUUGUGGGGUGCCAGGGACUCUCAAGUCACCCUCCAAGUGGCCUGGCGAUCCUUUCCAGAUAGCACCAGCCCAGAGCUGGGUGGUGGGCUGAGGCCUGGGGCAGUUAGCCCCUCCCAGGGCAAGAGGUAUCCAGUGUGAAGUGCUGGGGUGAUUCUGGGAGAGGCGGGGUCAGAGUUCCCCAGGCUUGGGUUUCCGCAGAGUUGGUCCCAAACCCCUCAGGCACCCACUUCUCCACCCGCUGGGCCACCCCUGCUCCUUGCCCAGCGACCCCUCUCUCUCCAUUGCUCACCUGUCCUGUCUGCUUGAUUGCGCUGGCGGUGCCCUGCCCGCCGGCCUGAGCCCAGAGUCUGUCGGGAUGGUGCCAGCCAGAGUGACUCCAGGGGAGGGCUUGCCCCAGCCCAGACUGGAAGAUGAGAUCGACUUCCUGGCCCAGGAGCUAGCCCGGCAGGAGGCGGGGCACUCCAGGCUCACGGCCCCACCCCAGCCUGAAGGGCGACUGCGGCUCCUGGAGGCUGCAUCCACCCUGGGGCUCUCAGAGCGUGGCCGGGGCCCCAACCUGGGCCUCCCCUCCACGCGGGGAGCGCCCACGCCCCGCACCACCUCCCUGCGCUCCACUGUGUCAUCUGGGCCUGUGCACAUGUCCCCGCUGGAGCCGCGGGGCGGGCGCGGUGAUGGCCUCGCCCUCCGUAAGUCUGGCCGGGCGGGGAGGCAGGGUCCUGCCCGAAAGGCUGCCCUCACUGCGCCCCCUCCCUGCAGUGCUGAUCGUGGCGUGCUCCGUGGCCGGCGCGGCCGCCCUUGCCGUGGCCGUUCUCUGCUGGUGUCGGUGAGCCUGGGGCCGGGCUGGGGGCGGGCGGCCGGGCGGCUGGGCGGUGACCCCGCGGGUCACAGGUGUGGUGUCUCCACUCCUCGCAGGCUGCAGCGAGACGUUCGCCUGACCCAAAAGGCCGACUAUGCGGCCCCGCAGGCGCCCAGCUCCCCAGCCACGCCCAGGAUCUCGCAGCCCGGGGACCAGCGGCUGGCGCACAGCGCGGAGAUGUACCACUACCAGCACCAGAGGCAGCAGAUGCGGUGCCUGGAGCGGCAUAAGGAGCCCCCCAAGGAGUUGGACUCCGCCUCCUCUGACGAGGAGAACGAAGACGGCGACUUCACGGUGUACGAGUGCCCCGGCCUGGCCCCGGUGAGUGCGGGGGUGGGCGGUGGGUGUCCCGCCCCAGCCCUGGACCCACCUAACGCCAGCGUUCGCAGACUGGAGAGAUGGAGGUGCGGAACCCACUGUUCGACCACGCCUCGCUGUCCGCGCCCCCGCUGCAGUGACCCGAAGGCUGAUGCCCACCCUCUCGUGGAUGCGCUGCCCACGGGUGGGGAGGGGCAGGCCCCAGCCCUUCCCAUUAAAGAGACUGUGUCCUGACACUGUGCUUGCGGCUGGGGCCCCGGGGCGGCUGGGAACCCCUUGCCGGGGAGACUCCCCCUGCUGCCAGGGACCUUCCCUGCUCCUUGCACCUGCCCCCUCACAUCUGGACACCCCCAGUCGAGGGGAGGAAGACAACCCGAGAGACAAGGCAUGGAUUGGGAGUCUGGGAGACAAGCCAAUUAAAGUACAUUUCAAAACUUUG